UUUUAGCCCAGCGAGGUUAUUUUAAGGAUCAAGCUUUCAUAAACUAUUUAAAAUAUUUAUUAUAUUGGAAGGAACCAGACUACGCUAGAUAUCUCAAGUAUCCAAUGUGCCUAUAUUUCCUGGAUUUGCUGCAAUAUGAACAUUUUCGACGAGAGGUAGUGAGUGCCCAGUGCACCAAGUUCAUUGAUGAUCAGCAGAUAUUGCUUUGGCAGCAUUACACUCGCCGGAGAACACGCCUUCUUCAAGCUGCUGCAGAACAGGGGCAACAAUCUCAGCAGCAGCCUGCGCAAGCAACAGGCACUGCUAGUGUUGCAACUAAUGGUCAGAGUCAUCCUCAAAAGACUAAAAAGCAACCAUUUGCACAGUUACGAUCAAUGAGUGGAACAAUAUGGCAACAACAGGGUGCAUCAAGUUGCUAUGGGAAAGUGAGAGCUUUCUUAGAUCAGUUUAAUGAAUGCCUUUGGGAAGCAAGAGCAACCGAGCAUGAAUUAGGAAAUGAGUUUGCACUCAAUUCUUUGAACAGGACCCUCUGUACGCGUCAUAGCAGAUCUCAUUUACUUUCUUGGAAACUGGGAGAUGACAUGGUGAGUACAAAUCAGUUAACCAAAUAA